AACGCAGUGACGAGUGCUAUGUUGUGAGAAUUGUGAGCAUAAUUGUCAUCAAAAUAGGAUAGGCAACCAUUAGUUUAUGAGAGAAUAUGUCCGGAUUUGAUGAUAAUCCUUUUGUGGAUCCUGUGGACGUCAAUCCUUUCAAGGAUCCAUCAGUUGUUGAAGUAACCAGCACAGCUAUGGAUGGAAUGCAGGAAUAUAACCCUUUCUCCGCUAGCGGAUUGGAGAAGCACAAUGAAACUACCAUCCCUAUCUCUGAUGGUUCCUCCCAGCCAGCAGUUCUACAGCCUUCCUCAGAGCCCACACCGCAGGCAUCAGCAGCUGCUGCUCAGGCAGAACUCCUCAAACAGCAAGAAGAGCUGGAGAAGAAGGCAGCAGAAUUAGAACGCAAAGAACAGGCGCUUCAGAAUAGGGGAGUCUCCAUGGGUCCAGAAAACAACUGGCCCCCACUCCCAAAGUUUUUUCCCAUAAAGCCCUGCUUCUAUCAGGAUUUCAAUGAAGAAAUUCCUAUAGAGUACCAACGGCUGUGCAAGAUGAUGUACUACCUCUGGAUGUAUCAUUGUGUCACCCUCUUCCUCAACGUCCUGGCAUGUUUGGCUCAUUUCACUGUGGAUGCUGCACAUGGGGUGGACUUUGGCUUGGCAAUCUUAUGGUUCAUUUUGUUCAGCCCAGCCGCUUUCCUCUGCUGGUACAGACCUGUGUACAAAGCCUUCAAGUCAGACAGUUCCUUUAGCUUCUUCUUUUUUUUCUUCAUCUUCUCCUUCCAAGUGAUUGUGUACAUCAUCCAGAGUGUUGGAAUUCCAUACUGGGGAAACAGUGGUUGGAUAUACUCCAUUUCUGUCAUCCGAACUAACCUGGCUGUGGCUGUGUUCAUGAUGGUAGUGGCUGGCUUCUUCACAGUGACAGCUGUAUUGUCUGUCAUCUUGUUGAAAAUGGUGCAUGGCAAAUACAGGAGAACUGGGGCCAGCUUUCAAAAAGCCCAGCAGGAGUUCUCUAAUGGUGUUGUCACAAACAGAACCUUCCAGAGUGCCGCAGCAACUGCCGCAUCCUCAGCAGCUCAGAAUGCCUUUCAGAGGAACUAGCAGUUGCAAACUCGGCCGCUCUGCCUGUCACACUGCUUUUCUCUCUGUUGAUUUUUUUUUCUGACUGCAUGCUAGUAUGUCGCCGUCACAUACUAACAAAAGGUCAUUGGGUCUCUACACAUAUGAACUGUUUUAAAACCUUAAAAUAUAUUUUUUAAAAAAUAAAUAAAUAAUAAUUUCAAGUAUACCAAGUUCCAAUGAUUUAGGGCAUUGCCACAUCAUGUUAUAAUGUUUGAUUGUACAGCCUUACUUUUACUAGUUACUUUUUCUGAUCAUCAGUCUGAAGUCCUGUGCCUCUUUGUUUACAUUGGGUUUAGCAUUAUAUGUAGAGUUGUUACAUUUGUAAAAUAAUUGUUACAGAAAUGUUCACUUUGUGCUGCAUAACACAUUUUAAAGUGCACUUGAAAGUCAUCUUCGUGCAAAACAACAGAAAACACAACAUUCUAUGUCACCUUUUAAGUUAGAAGUUCAUUGUUAAGUCACAACAGGUUUGAAGAUGGGAGUCAAGCUUGUUCAGUAAUUUGUAUUAACUUCAGAUGACAUAAUGAGAUUGUAGAUCUACAGUACAUCACACGGUAGGGCUACCUGACCAUUGUUCUUUAAAAAAUUUAGCUGAACAUAGUUGGUGAGUGCUCAUGUCAGACACUGUAGCUACCCUGCAUGACCAUGCAAGGUAGAUACUUAGUCAGACCCAGUUGUGUAAUGAUUAACUUAAAUCCUUAAAUCCUUUAACUUUUCAUCUCUUCAAUGGACCUAUUAGAACCAAGAUCCUCAAGCAAAGUGAAGCACUUACUUUGCUGUCUGUGGGCAUGUCAUAAGAUGUGGAGACGCGGGUCUGACAGACAGAACUUACCUAAUUACCUAACUAGCCAGCUAGUUGGCUAUCCAAUUACUUAAACUGUAUCAAAUUAAGCCCCUGAUUAAAUGUGUAAUGUACUAGCAACAACAGCAACCCCUUACAAAGCCCUCUAAGCUAUACUUCAAUCAAAUCAACAGGUCAAACAACACCAUAGGUAUAAUCUGUGAUUGGUUCAUUAGGUUUUCCAUUUAAAACCAACAAUCACAAAGCGAAAAUGCACUUUUUUGUUUCUAUAGCCAUUUCUAAAGCCAAAAUGAAAAACAAGGAUAAUAAUAAUCAUUUUAAAAAGCCGACAACGUUGUCUUCCGGGUCACGCCAAUUGUGUUCUAUAGUAAACAAAUAGGAAUAUUGUCUUGUUAUCCGAUUUGUCCAUUUUCAUUUUGAGUAUAAAAUCAGAAAAUGUAAGAACGACUCAUCUGUGUUUUUUUCAUUUUGGUUUUAGAAACGGAUAUAUUAAAAACAUUUAGUUUUUUCGUUGUUGGUUUUAAAUGGAAAAACAAAGGAAUGAUUCGUACAUGGGCCCCAUAGUGUUGCAAUUUUCCAACCCUCAAAGGCAACCACAAAGAAUCUGAUUGGCAGCCGCCUACGAAAUGUGUUCCUGAUUUGCAUAAAAUUCAACUUUCCCCAACUAUUCUAUGUCACCAUCGCCUGACCACAACUGCAUAAAUGAUCAGAACACAGAACUUUGCUUCAUUCGCUUUGUUGUCAUGUCUUGGCACCAUAAGCAUCCAUCGGGUAUCCUAGCAAAUUAUGAGCUGUUAAGGCAGUUAAAAAAGAUCUACCUUUACACCCCAUGUUACUAUAUGUUAGUAGUCUUAAUACUCCUAGCAGUGUAUUUUCUGAUGAUUAUAAGAAAAAUUGCAAUCAGAAUGCUUGAAAUGUCAUGAAACUGUUGUUUAUUAUACUUUCCCAUAUAUGUGCAAUGCAGUUGCUUUCUUGCAUAUAUACAAAAUGAAAUUUUAUUCAAAAGAACAUGUAUUUAAGUGUAACUUCAUGAACAAAGUAAUAUAUGCAUUCAAUUCAUUUAAGGAAAUGAAGAAAGAUUGCUUAAAUGAUUUACCUUACAUAGAACUUACCAUAUUGUAACAUUUUGAAAUAUGAAUGUAUUUUUAUUUUAUAUCUCUGAUAUGAAGGAACAAAUGUGUUUUCUCAUUAAACAGCUGCUUUUC